AUGAAGAAAUUGAAGGAAGUUGUCACUUCUAGAUCGAAGAAGUCAGGUUCAAAAGCGGCAAGUAAAAAGAAGUUUGAUGAUUCCGAUCUGUUGAUUGAAUCAGCUGGAAAGGAUGCAAUUAAAGAAUUUGAUGAUAUUGGGCAUAGUAAAGCUGCCAAGAACUUUCUCUUCAAGUACCAGAUUGGAUAUCUUCAAGGCUAUAAAAUCCAAAAUGAUGAUAAUUUGUUGACUGAUUCCUUCAAAGAAUCAAUAAAGGCCAAAGAAAUGGAAGCUUUUGUGGUCAAAGAAGAUCCCAAACCAAAGUAUCUGACUUUUGUUGAGUACUUUGUGCCUCUCUUGGCUGCUGCAUUCUUUCUGUAUUAUCGAUAUUUCAUUGGAGCUCUCCACCUUUGA